CGGUCCGGCGACCGUAGUAACCGCCGGCACGCUGUUUGGACGGCACGCGGCCUGCACCUUCACGACACACAGCUGACGGCCAAAAUCGCGCGUUCGGAGAGCCAUAGACUCGCAAGACUAUAAUACAAAUAUUAUACUAUUAACACUAUAACAAAACCAGGAGGAAGAUGACAAUGGACGUCAAAGCCAGUCAAGUAGCAGCCAGCACAGCUACCAAGUCAAGUGCCAAUGUUGGUGCUUCGGCAUCGACGGGAGGUCAAGAGUGUGCCGGAUGUGGCAAACACAUAACCGAUAGAUUUCUGUUGAAGGCACUGGAUUUGUUUUGGCAUGAAGACUGCUUGAUGUGUGGAUGCUGCGGGUGUAGGCUGGGCGAAGUAGGAUCGACGCUGUACACUAAGGCGAACAUGAUAUUGUGCAAAAAGGAUUAUUUCAGGUUUUACAGGAUGUUUGGCAAUAAGGGCAUGUGCGCGGCUUGCUUCAAGGACAUACCUGCGUUCGAAAUGGUUAUGAGGGCCCGCAGCAACGUAUAUCACUUGGAGUGUUUUGCGUGCCAACAGUGCAAUCACAGAUUUUGUGUCGGAGACCGCUUUUACUUGUGUGAAAACAAAAUAUUAUGUGAAUACGAUUUCGAAGAAAGAAUGGUGUUUGCAAACAUGGCUUAUAACCCAGCUACUUUGGCUCAGUUGAAACGUCACGCCACACACAUACCACCCGCGGUUGGUGGAGGAGGUAGAUCAGAUCUCCCAAUGACGGCAGGGAGCAAUGGAACUGGAGAUCGUAGAGCCACGCCAACUGAUUCACACCACCAUGGACAUCACCAUCACGGGCAUCAUCACGGAGCACCCACCACUAAUGGACAUCAGUACGGUGGAUCAGGCGCCACUACGAACGGCGAUCAGUCUCAGCUUCAGUUAUAUGACGUAAAAUGAUAAUAUAAAAAUGUGCUAUUUCUCAAAAAGACGCUCUCUUUUUAAUCUUAAUUUUAGAACUAUUUCGUUAUUAAUUGCCCACAAUUAUUUUGAUUUAACUAAGUAUAAUAUUAUUAGAUUUUUUAACGAAUAAAAAUCGUUAUUACAGAUCUUUUCUGUUUGGCUAGUCACAACGAUAAGAGAUUAUUCAUAGUAUGUAUAAAAUUAUAAUUUUUUUCAAAUUUGUUCACAAACUUGAAGUGCAAAAAUCAACUUUAAGUUUGUGCAAUUAGAAAAAAAAAGGUGUUAACCUAAUUACCCAUUAAUGUUUUUAUUAUUAUUAUUUUGUUGCUUAAAUGACACCAAUUAAAUAGUGUCUAUUUACUGUCUUUAAUAUUUAUAUGAAAAUAAUUAUGUUAAACAUUUGAACAUUAGUAAAUUAUGAUUUAAAAUUAUUCCUCUUGUCCAAAUAUCGAAAUAUAUGAAAACAAAAUAAUCUUUACCAAACUAUACAUUAUAUUAUAAUACGAUAAUAUAGUAUUAUACUAGUUUAGUGUUAAGUACUUGUAAGUAUGUAUAUGUAUUAUUAAUUUAACCCUUAUAUAAAGGAUCUCUCGUUGUUUUGAAUAAUGUUCUAAGUUACCUUUGUAUUGUUUUCAAUUUUAUUAUAUUUUACCGUAAGAUAAAACACUGGUAGUAGCUGGUACCUAUAUAAUGUAAUAUGUACAUGUGUAUUAUAAUAAUAAUGUGCGUGAUUAUAAACAAAUAAAAAAUUAUUUCGUUGGUACCAUUAUAUGUGUAUACCGUAUAGA